AGCCCCGGGGGGGGCCCCGCAGCCGGAGCAGAUUGGCUGCCGGUGAGGCCUCCCUGGGCUCCUUAGAAAGGGCAGGAGCGUGGGAGGCGCCAAGGGAGCAGGCAGCGCCGAGCCGCGCUCCCAUCGCUCGGCAGGCACGGCUGGUGGCGGCAGGCGGGCAGUGGCCAUGCCGCAGGCGGGCAGCCCCCCGGGUGGCCGGGGCACAGCACUGCUGGCGCUGGCGCUGGCGCUGGCGGGGUCCCCGGGCAGCGGGCAGCACUACGACUACUAUGGCUGGCAGCCCGAGAGCCUGCCCCACGGGCGCUUCUACGGGCGGGAGCCGCAGUGCCUCGACAUCCCGCCCGACAUGCAGCUCUGCCGCGACGUGGGCUACAAGCGCAUGCGGCUGCCCAACCUGCUGGAGCACGAGACCAUGGCUGAGGUCAAGCAGCAGGCUGGUAGCUGGGUGCCCCUGCUCGCCAAGCAGUGCCACACCGACACCCAGCUCUUCCUCUGCUCCCUCUUCGCCCCUGUCUGCCUCGACCGGCCUGUCUACCCCUGCCGCUCCCUCUGCGAGGUGGUGCGUGACUCCUGUGCCCCCGUCAUGGAGUCCUACGGCUUCCCCUGGCCCGAGAUGCUGCACUGCGGCAAGUUCCCCUCCGACCAUGAGCUCUGCAUCGCUGUCCAGUUCGGGAACAGCAAAGCCACACCGCCACCAGUGUCCAAGAUCUGCACCCAGUGCGAGAUGGAGCACAAGGCGGAUGGCAUGAUGGAGCAGAUGUGCUCCAGUGACUUUGUGGUGAAGAUGCGCAUCAAGGAAAUGACAGAGGAGAACGGGGAGCGGCGGCUGGUGGCCGCCCAGAAGAAGAAGGUGCUGAAGCUGGGCCCGCUCAAGCGCAAGGACACCAAGAAAAUGGUGCUGCAUAUGAGGAACGCAGGCACCUGCCCCUGCCCCCAGCUCGACAGCCUCAGCGGCAGCUUCCUGGUGAUGGGCCGCAAGGUGGGUGGCCGCCUGCUCCUCCUCGCUGUCUACCCCUGGCAGAAGCACAACAAGGAGAUGAAGUUUGCUGUCAAGUUCAUGUUCUCCUACCCCUGUCCCCUCUACCACCCCCUGCUCUAUGGGGCUGGGCAGCACUAGGGCUCUGCCCACCCUGCCUUGUCUCAGGACUCCUGCACUGGCCUGAUGCCGCACCCCUGGCACCCUGGCAUCCCUGGUUGCACCCCAGAACCCCAGCUCUGCUCCCCUCGGCCCCUUGGCUGUGCCCUGCCCUGCACCCCCAGGAGCCACAACUGCAUUUGUGAGAGCCCUGAUCCACUGCCAGGACAUCUGUCCCCUCCUAAGAGCUCUGCUCGGUACCCCUAGGAGCCCUGUUCUGCUCUCAGGACACCUACCCACACCCAGGAGCUUAGGCUGCCCAAGGCCCAUGUUCUGCAUGCUUGUGAACCCUGGUCUGCACCAGAGAGGCUUGACUACUCCCAAGCCUCCUGCCCAGCACCCCAGGGACCCUUGCCUGCACUUAGGAUCCCUGCUUGGCUCUUUUGGGACCCCUUGGCUGCACCUGGCAUCUCUACCCUGCACUCCUGCGUCCCCUGCCCAGCUCCCUGAUAACACGCCCCAGACCCUCAGCUCCGCCACAUCCCUACUGCAGCCCACCAAAGCAUCCCAUGCCCUCACCUUGAGCUCACACACCAGCUCUGGAUUAUGCGACCUUUGCAAGGAUCCACUUCAGCUGCGGCCGGUCCCUCCUGCCCUGCUGUCUCCACAAACAAGACCAAGUGCCCAGAGCAGCAUGGACCCUGCCUCGGCACCCCCACCCUGCCCAUCCCACGUAACUCAGGAGGGGUGGGUCCACCUCCAAGGUCCCAGACCAGCUCUGCUGCAUCCCUCACACACUCCCCUGCCAAGAUGCAGCCCAAGCACCCCUUGCCCACUCACACCACAGUAAAUUAUUCUGCCUCAGA